AUGGAAUUGGCAAAUAAUUCAUCGAGAAAAACAGCUGAAAAUAAUUCAUCUGGACAGCAAAGACAAACACUUCAUCCCUGGUGGAUUGUUCUUCCGGUAAUUGUUGUAUCGAUGACAGUCGCUUCAACUGAUCCAAUUCUAAUGAAUGAUCUUAUGAUACGACGUUACCGACUUGAGUAUGGAGUCACCAAUAUGAGUUCACCAGCGAGUGAAACGGCUUGUAAUUCGGAUGCUUCUCAAAACGAUUCGACACUUUUGGAGAAAGCUACCGAAGUACAGAAAGCAGUAAGUCGUUUGAAUAUAUUAAUGGCUGGUGUCGGUGCAUUACCAGCGGUGCUAACAUACGUCAUACUUGGUGCUAAUUGUGAUCGAAUUGGGCGUAAGCCUCUUAUACUUCUUCCAUGUAUAGGACGAAUCAUUCGAUUUAUAAUUCUUUUAUUACUCGUUGAACUCAAUCUUGGUGACAUUUGGUUUAUUAUAUCGACUGUUAUUGAUGGUUUAUUCGGCUCAAAUAGUGUUCUUUUGCUAGGCGCGAUUGCCUAUAUAACAGAUUGCACGACAGAUAGUCAACGCUCACGUGCGAUGGUACUGGAAGAAGCCGCUGUGGCUUUAACACGUAUCUUUCCAUUAUUAGGCCUGGGAUUUUGGUUACAAAAGCACGGUUAUACAUUGCCAAUGUCAGUGCUGUUGGGUUUGAAUGUCGCAGCAUUGAUUUACACGAUACUUCUUCAACCAGAGUCACAUGGUGAUAAUCAUCAAAAUAUUAUUCAGGUUUUCAAGAGAUUAGCCGACAUACGUCUAUCGCCGAUACGUGGAACGUAUCGAGUCUUUCUCAUAAAACGUCCUGGUUAUGAUCAACGUAGAAUCAUCUUAUUAACAUUAGCCCAAAUCGGACUUUUUAUUGUUUUAUUUGGUUUUGCAAGUAUCCAUCCACUUUAUCUCUAUGGUAAACCGUUAUGUUUCGAUGUAUUAGCCUUAGCGAUUCUAACAAGCGCACAAUUUAGUUUGAUGAUAAUCAUAUCGAUUGUUCUGAGUGUCUGGAAGAAUCCAUUUACAAACUCAUCGUUAUUACCAUUUAUUGGCGUUUUCUUGUACAUAAUUCAUUUAGUUUUAUUCGGUCUUGCUCAGAAAACUUGGUUUCUCUACGUGGCUGUCUUUAUUGGUUGCCUGUUUUUUAUUGUUAUGGCUGUAUUGAGAUCACAUUUGACGAUAUUAGUGAAUGAUACUGAAUUCGCUUUGGUGUUCAUUGCCACUGGAAUUGUCGAAUCAAUCGGCUCGUAUGUUGUUGGUAUUGUUGCUAAUGCGAUCUACGCAGCGACGAUUGAUGUGUAUCCAGGCAUAAUCUUUUUCAUCCUAGCUGCUAUUGCCAUUAUUCCAUUACUGAUUACCGGAUAUCUACUCGCUUGGCCAUUGUGGAGACGAAUACGUAGGAUACCAAGCGAACGUGUUGAAGAAGAUGUACAAAAAUCGGCCAUGGAUAUUGAAAUGAAUACUGACAGUCCGGUUUUUGAAACAAAACUUUUAUAG